GCCCCUCGCCCCCACUCCACCGGGCCUCCUCCCUCCACGUGCCCCUUCUCCCCCAAACAAAGAGCGUGGAGAGAGAAACAAGAGAGGAGACACGCACACCCAUUACAGAAGUCUCCAAGCUGUUGCUGCUGGCCUUCUUGGACUGCUACUCCUGCUGAAGUCGAUAUAAGCUGAGUGAAUUCUGGCUUAUUUUUGUUGUGUUUGAAGUGUGGAGGGUUCGACACCUAAAGUCAAGUCUUGGUGGUGGAAAGUGAUAAGAGUGGGGUGGUAGUCCUGGGGCUUUCAUUGUUGCUGGGGUGGAGAAAAUUUUCCUUGGUGAUUCGAAGACGGAGCACUGGUUACAGUUUUCUUCUGUCUUUGGCUUCCAUUUUUGCUUGUAUUCUGUCUUUUUCGUCGCACUUGGCAAGAAAGGGAAUCCAGAUAUAAAGGUGCAACCUUGGAAGGUAUAUGCGGAUCUAGUGAGUUGUUCUUCGAAUCUGAUCAGAGACUCCUCUGGAUCUUGUUGUUCCGAGGCUAUAUCUAUUGCGGAUAUGGUAUAUACAGCAUAAUUCCAAAAUAAAAACAGAACUCUUGAGGUCCUCUAGUGCAUUAGGUAGUACUUUAGAUGGCUAUAUUGAUGCUACGAGUUGUGUCAGCAGUACAUAUCUCAGCCAGCCUCGGUUUUCUCGAGGCAAUUCGGGAAGGAGGUCGGCUUUCAGACAAUUCAAGGCCUUCUGGAAGAGUUCAGACUCCGAGUUAUAAUGAGAGGCUGCAGAGGAAGAGGCGCAGAUGGAGUUCAUACUCACUCUAUGCUGAUUCAAAGUAUGCAUGUGUGGGGUUUGAGCCACAAGAGAAUGACAAUUUUCCGAUAUUGUCGAGUUUUGUGGCAAACACUGCAGGAGAGGUUGCAAUAUCUUCAGAGCAGAAGGUUUAUGAUGUGGUGCUGAAGCAGGCAGCAUUGGUGAAGAAGCAGUUGAGAUCCAAUACUGCUCUUGAUGUGAAGCCAGACAUGGUGAUUCCUGGAACUACAACCUUGUUGAAUGAGGCUUAUGAUCGCUGUGGAGAAGUCUGUGCAGAGUAUGCCAAGACCUUUUACCUUGGAACACUGCUCAUGACCCCUGAAAGGAGGAGAGCCAUCUGGGCAAUAUAUGUUUGGUGCAGAAGGACCGACGAGCUCGUAGAUGGACCCAAUGCUUCUCACAUUACGCCUUCGGCUAUGGACAGGUGGGAGGCGAGGUUGGAGGAUCUCUUUGCUGGCCGCCCCUACGACAUGUUCGAUGCUGCUCUUUCGCAUACCGUUUCAAAGUUCCCUGUUGAUAUUCAGCCAUUCAAGGACAUGAUUGAAGGGAUGCGGAUGGACCUCAAGAAGUCAAGAUACAAUAACUUUGAUGAGCUCUAUCUGUAUUGUUAUUAUGUAGCUGGGACUGUUGGACUAAUGAGUGUGCCUGUCAUGGGUAUUGCUCCAGAGUCCAAGGCAACAACAGAAAGUGUAUAUAAUGCUGCUUUGGCUUUAGGGAUAGCAAAUCAGCUCACCAAUAUACUCAGGGAUGUAGGAGAAGAUGCAAGAAGAGGCAGGAUUUAUCUGCCACAAGAUGAGCUCGCGCAGGCCGGCCUUUCAGAUGAAGAUGUGUUUAAUGGAAAGGUGACCGACGGAUGGAGAAGCUUCAUGAAGAACCAAAUUAAAAGGGCAAGGAUGUUCUUCCAGGAAGCGGAGAAAGGUGUGACCGAGCUCAGUCAAGCUAGUCGGUGGCCGGUGUGGGCUUCUCUGUUGUUAUACAGGCAGAUACUUGAUGAGAUUGAAGCAAACGACUAUAAUAAUUUCAUGAAGAGGGCCUAUGUCAGCAAAGCAAAGAAGAUAGCAGCUCUGCCCAUUGCUUAUGGAAGAUCACUUAUCAGGCCAUCUUCUCGAAACCAGUCAUUGUAACAAAAGCGCGAAGAUUUAGAAGGAUGUUCUAUGCUGCCAUAAUUUGAUCUAUAAAGUAUAUAUCUUUAAGGAGCAGGUAGACUGGAUAGAUCAAUGAUGUGGAUUUUAGAAUACCAGAAUCAAGCAAGGAAUGUAGUAUAUAUGGCAUCCUCAAAUUAGAAAAUGCAGUAGCUUAUCCUCCCUUCUUAUUUAUUGUUACAUAGCAUUGUACAAUAAUGGAAACGAGUAUAUUUCAAUAUAAAGGGAGAUGAUUUUUUGUUAUUCUUUUGAAUGAUUGUUGUAUGACUCGAUGACAUUUUUUAUAAUCAUCUAUGCUUCAUUCAGCUUUAU